UGGAUUAAAAUAAGUAGGCGGCUCGGUGCUAAGGGAUGAGUGAGUCGGAGCUCCGUCUUUACCCUACGCGUUCUCAGCUGCUCCGGGUUCAGACCCAACGAGGGAGCCGCGAGGGAGCCUCACCAUCCCGCGGCCGCGGGACUCCGGGGCGGCAGAGCGCUCCCGCGUGUCGGGCACCCCCCGUCCCCGCAGCAGGAGAGGGGCCCGGACUCUAGAGCCCCUGCUGUGCCUGUGGAAUCCAGCGCCUCGGGCAUCCCGGGUGCCCCGCAGCGAGAGCCCCAGAGACGCCCUCAGCUCCGGGACCGCCGCGGAACAAGAUCGAAAUUGAGAACCCACUGCAGCUACCACCAUGGGCAGCAAAACCUUGCCAGCGCCAGUGCCCAUCCACCCGUCUCUGCAGCUCACCAACUACUCCUUCCUCCAGGCAGUAAAUGGCUUGCCUACCGUGCCCUCGGACCACCUGCCCAACCUGUAUGGCUUCAGCGCGCUGCACGCCGUGCACCUGCACCAGUGGACGCUGGGCUACCCUGCCAUGCAUUUGCCACGCUCCUCUUUCUCUAAAGUGCCAGGGGCCAUGUCCAGCCUGGUGGAUGCACGCUUCCAGCUGCCUGCCUUUCCCUGGUUCCCUCAUGUCAUCCAGCCCAAGCCUGAGAUCACCACUGGAGGCAGCGGCCCAGCAGCACUCAAGACCAAGCCGCGCUUUGAUUUUGCCAAUCUGGCCUUGGCUGCCACGCAAGAAGAUCCGUCCAAGCUUGGCCGGGGGGAGGGUCCUGGCUCCCCUGCUGGUGGGCUGGGCGCCCUCCUGGAUGUGACCAAGCUGUCUCCAGAGAAGAAGCCCACGAGGGGACGCCUGCCUUCCAAGACCAAGAAAGAGUUCGUCUGCAAGUUUUGUGGCCGCCACUUCACUAAGUCCUACAACCUCCUCAUUCAUGAGCGGACGCACACCGAUGAGCGGCCCUACACCUGUGACAUCUGCCACAAAGCCUUUAGGCGGCAAGACCACCUUCGGGACCACAGAUAUAUUCACUCCAAAGAGAAGCCUUUCAAAUGUCAAGAGUGUGGGAAAGGAUUCUGCCAGUCCAGGACUCUCGCUGUCCACAAGACGCUACACUCACAGGUGAAGGAGCUCAAAACCUCCAAGAUCAAAUGCUAAAUGGUCUCCGGGCACCAGGACCCGGGGUCACGCUGCAUUCUCCUCCAGAGGGACCAGAAGCUGAAGGCGACUCUGGCUCCCGGGACCUUCCCCCAUCCCCAACACGUCCCCAGGGCCCCGGGCGCACGCGGAACUCCAGAGCCCCGCCCAGGGCCGCGACCCGGCCACCCGGCCGCUCCCCCAGGACGUGGCUAAACUCUUGGCCAAAAGGCUGUACUCACGUGGUGGAAGAGAAACUGCCUUUGAAAAUGAACGAAAGCCUUCGCGGAGCCUCAGCGGCGCCUUUCCCAGAAGUAUUACUUUUUCUAUUGUUAUUUUAUACGUUUUCUCUAUUAUUUUUUUCUUUGACCAUAUAAGCUUGUAAAGUCUGCCUGCCGAGAGAGUGGGGAGAGGAAAACGUUCUGCGCGCUCGCAUCCUCCCACCCCUCCCUGCGCCCUCAUUCCCGCCCCGGGAGCCUGCAAAAGUGUAAUCCGUGUAUCUGCUUCAGCCGCCGCCGGAGCCUGCAGGCCGGCGCGCCCCCUCCCAGCACCCGACGCGCAGCGGGCUGCGGGCUCCCGGCUCCCGGACUCCAGGCAGGCUGGGGCCUUUGGCCCCGGGCUGCAGGGGGCCCCCGCCGACGGCUCCCCUGCUCCGGUACCUCGAGCGGGCAGCCGGCUAGGAGCAGGGCGGUGUAUUGCGAUUGGCACUUUAUGCUGACCAUCGGUAACGGACAUUUAUCACUGGAGUUUUUUAAAAAAUAUUAAAUAAACGGUUAUUUUACAGGCA